CUUUCACCCCAUCUACUACAUGACCGUCGGCAGGCCUUCGUUCACUCACUGUCACUGUCUUUACCCAUCCAUAUUGUGAAACGCGCGGGUAUCAUCUGUUUUUCCUCCCUUUCCUCGUCUCUCCGACGAUCUGCGCCUCUUCAUUCGUGCUCGACGCACACAUCCCUCUAGCAUUCCUCCGCCUGUCACCGUUUCAAGUCCACACACCCACAUCCACCCACACAAAUCAAUACACCAAAAGGCCGGCUCCACCAUAACUUGGACCCGGACCCCUUCAGCCUACCUAUAGCUCCUCCCUCGUCAGGCAUGAGCCAUCCUCAAAAGUCCCCAUCAUUCCGUCUCUCUCGACAGGGCUUCCAACAACUCAAUAACGGCAACAACGACGCCGACAUGGCCGCCAAUAAUCAAACUGACAAUAUCCCCCUCCAGACUGUAGUCAGUCACACACCCUCCCAGAAUGCCUAUCGUUCCGAUUCAAACAACGAGAAGACGGGCAUGUGGCACCGCGCCGGUCGAAGGAAGCUGCAGAAGAUCGACUCGCGGACUGGAGCACCAAUGCCUGAGAAAAGAGACAACUCUGAGGAGAAGACAGCCCUCAACAAGAUGGGCAGGUUCUACACCAAGAUCCUCAACUUUAGCAUCGUCACUCGUUACAUGAUCUACGUUGCCCCGCUGGCCCUCAUCCUCGCUAUUCCCAUCAUUCUCGCUGCCAUUCACCCCGGAACCGUUGGAGGUACUGACAGUAGGCUGUUCUGGAUCUGGAUUGAGAUCAUCUGGCUCAGCUUGUGGGGAUCCAAAGUCGUGGCUCAUUUCCUACCUCGCAUCUUCGAAUUCCUCGUCGGUGUCGUCAGCCCUGGCAUUAGGAAGUAUGUCAUGCUGCUGCGCGCUUUGGAGAAAUCUCUCUCAGUUGUUCUCUGGAUGAUUGUCAACCAAGUUACCUUCGAAGUCCUGAUAGAUACCACUAGAGGUUGGAAGCAGGUGAUGCAGCGCAUUUUGCGAGCCGCUUUGGUGGCUUCCUGCAUUAUCCUAGCCGAGCGUGUCUUGAUUCAACUCAUCAGUAUCAGCUAUCAUCGCAAGCAGUUCGAUACCAAGAUCAAAGACUCUAAGCGCAACAUCUACCUCCUUGGUCUCCUAUACGACGCCUCUCGUGGCCUAUUUCCAUCGUACUGCAAUGAGUUCGCUGAGGAGGAUUACGUCAUCCAGGACUCUCUGCAAUUCAACUUGGGCAGCCGCAAGCAAACCCAUAAGCGUUCUGGAUCGAAUACACCCUUGAGGCUGCUUCAAGAUGUUGGGCGAGUGGGUGAUAAGGUCACUUCCAUCUUUGGCACCGUCGCACAGGAGAUCACCGGAAAGAAGAUCUUGGAUCCUAAUUCUGCUCACUCGAUUGUCCUGGAGGCACUCGACAAGCACCGUUCCUCGGAGGCUCUUGCGAAACGUAUCUGGAUGUCCUUCGUCGUCGAAGGCAAAGACGCCCUCUACCAGGAAGAUUUGGUUGAGGUCAUGAACGGCAAUCGCGAGGAGGCGGAGGAAUGUUUCGCUGCUCUCGAUCGUGAUGGCAAUGGGGAUAUCAGCUUGGAAGAGAUGAUUCUUACUGUUACCGACAUGCAUGACGUCGACCAAGCCAUCAAUGCGUUGGAUGCACUUCUGUUCACGAUUGUCUUUAUCGUUUGCGUUUUCGUAUUCAUCGCCUUCCUCAGUCCAAGCUUCACUGCAACUCUGGCCACUUCCGCGACUGCGCUCCUCUCUCUGUCUUUCGUCUUCGCUGCUACCUGUCAGGAAGUCCUGGGUUCUUGCAUUUUCUUGUUCGUCAAGCAUCCCUACGACAUUGGUGACCGAGUCGACAUCACCUCGGAGGCGCUGACUGUUGAACACAUUUCGCUUCUCUACACUGUAUUCAAACGCGUCACCAACGGAAAGACACUCCAAAUCCCCAACAUCGUCCUCAACAACUUGUGGGUCGAGAACGUCACUCGUAGUAAGGCUAUGCGUGAGCAGGUUUCAAUCUUCUGUGACUUCGGUACUUCCUUCGAGGACAUCAACGAUCUCAAGAAAGAGAUGCUGGACUUCGUUCAUGAUCCUCAAAACAACCGCGAUUUCCAUCCCGAGUUCGAGGUCGAGGUCGUCAGCAUUGCGGAAAUGAACAAGCUAGAGCUUCGUUGCGAGAUUCGACAUAAGAGCAACUGGUCUAAUGAGGCUCUCCGAUGUGCCCGUCGUUCGAAGUUCAUGUGUGCCUUGGUUGUUGCCCUUCGCAAGGUGCCCAUCAACGGCCCAGGCGGUGGUGAUGCAGCUCUGGGCGCUGCAGGCAACCCGUCUUGGUCUGUGUCCAUCCCGCCUGCCGAGGCUGUUGCAGCUAGGGAGAAGUUCAACAACGACAGGGACGCGGCGAGAUUGCAUCCCACGAUUAAGCCUGAAGCUUCGGACGACAAAGGCAAGUCGACAAGCACUGACUUCCUCAAUGUCAACGUCACGGAGGCUAGUGCAAUCAACAAUUUGAAUCAACGCAAACCCGGAGUCGAUCAUGUUCGUGACGAUACGUGGGAUGCCCGCGACGAUGUUAGCACCAUUGGCCGCCCAAGCAUGGAUCAGCGACCUGAUAUCGACGAGGUCCGUGGCCUUCUUCACAAAGUGAACAGCAGUGGCAAGCGUAAACAGUCAGCCCAGCCACCAUCUGAGUACUCUCAGUCUCAGCAGACUCUUCCCAACCAGGCUGGUCCGAUGCUGUCCCCUAACGCAUAUGGCAAUCAGUAUGCACAGCAGCAGCGCGCCCCGGGUUCUCCAAGCUCAAUCUCCACUGGCCACAUAGAGGAAUUCCAAUAUCAAUCCAUGGUCCCGCCUCCGAGGUCCACCAACCGCUCCGCAACACCUACUGGCAGCAAUUAUCCUCCCGUUCCAACCCAGCAGUCACACCCACCACAGCGAAGCCCCAGCGGGUCUAAUAAUCCCUACCGGGCCCAAUCCCCUACCGAUCCAGAGGAACGCCACCCAUACCGACCCUAGAUCUUCUCAUCCCACGCAGGUUUAAGGGUGGAAAGUCUUUUGGGCUGUCUCAGAAGCCUUUCUAUUCGCAGUAACCCCCGACAAU